AUGCUCCUCCGUAUCCCGGUCCCCCGCAGCCCUACCCGUCUUAUCCACCUCCUCCGGCCAGCUAUCCUCCUCCCCCACCUCCGAGUAACUACCCCGGCUAUUCUCAGUAUGCGUCACCGCCGCCGCCCCCGGGUUCCUACCCGCCGCCGCCGCCACCACCACCACCCGGCGCCUCCGGUCCUCCGGUACCGUCUGCGUCUUACCAGUACCCAGGCCCCGGCCAGUACGGUGGCCCCCCUCCACCUGGGCCGCCGGGGCCUUCCGGACCGGUGCCUCCUCCUAGCUAUCAACCACCUCAUUACCCUCCGGGUCCAACAUAUCCUCCUCCUUAUGCACCUCCAGGUUACCAGUCCAGCCCCCCUCCGCCACCUCCGAGCAGUUCUUACCCUCCUCCUGGAGGAAGCUACCCUCCACCGAGCUAUGCCCCCCCGCCCUCACAACUGCCGUACGGUUCUCAACCUCCUCCGCCUCCGCCUUCUUACCCUCCACCGUACAGACACCCUGAUACGGGCUAUGGGCCACCUCCUCCUCUUCCAGCCCCUCCUCGCGGUGCGCCACCGGCACAUGGCUUACCUCCGAUACCUCCUGUGCCACAAAGGAACCAACAGUCACGAGACCGAAACAACCGCCAUCGCCAGGGGAAUCAAGAUCGUCGAGAUCGACUCUGGGAACAUGGAGAAUUCUACCGCGCCGAAAGCAAGCUCUACGCCAAAAGUCGAGCAGGCCAAGGCGGCAUCGAUCGCUAGCGGGACUCCCGAAAGCCGCCAAGCAGCCACCGUGUCCGAGCAUGAUGCUGAUGACGAUGAUGACUGGACAUGGGAGGAGAAGACGAUCUUCCAAGAACCGCCGAAAACUCACCAACCUGACCCCAUCGGCAAACCUCUUCCUGGACCUCUGGACUACCAUGAUAACAUCAUGUUGCCACCGGCAUGGAAUGCCACCUGCAUCACGUCUGAGUUUGUGAAGGAGGACAACCUCGAAGAGUUUUCGCGACCCAUCCGGGAGACCGAAUUCUUCUCCACUUUGAAGUAUGAUCCUGUUUUCUGGAAGCCUGCGCCAAGCACGAAAGUCGCUAGGAAGCAGCCCGUUGUCAGAGAAAAGCCGUUCAAGUCGUCACGUCUUCCCGGGUUUCCCUCUCUGCCGCCAAAACCGCCAACUCCUGAAACCCGAUUCGCAAAUAACCGGAAGCGCACGUGGGAAGAUUCGCCGUAUCAGCAGUCGCCGGGCAGUAGCUAUCAGGAAGGUGAGAGGAGAGACCACGGUCAUAAGAGGCAGAAGGGCGAACCGCACCCGGGGUACGAACACGCAUCGCCGUACGCCCGUCGGGGAAGAGACGACGACAGGUCGAUCGAUCGCUACCGGACCCAAAGACCGGAGCGCGCUGAGCAUGCUACGGGCGAUGUCCACUUCAAUGCGUCCGGCGACAGUAGAGAAGCCGGGCAUUCCUCGCGGGACAGGGAAGGAUAUCAUGCACGAAAGGAGGCCGGCAACGCCGCCAUAUCCGGGAACACCGCCUCCUGA